AUGAAGUCGUUUUUACUAUUCUGUUUGUCCUUGUAUGUGGUGGCUGCCAAACAUGAAAUUUAUGAUGGAUACGUGGUUUACGAGGCAUACCCAAAAAGCAUCGAUGAAAUUGAAUUACUUAAUGACGUAGCCAACGAAUUGGGGUUAGACAUUUGGUCACACGCUAACUUAGACAAACCAGGAGAAUUUUUUGUGUCUGAAUCUCAAAAGCUACCCUUCGAAGAUACUAUGAAGUCUAUUGGAAUAUCAUACAAGGUUACCGUUGAGAACAUCAGAGAGAUGUUAGAGUUGGAAGAUCAAAAAUUAGCAGCUGCAGCCACUUCAUCGAGAAACAGCAAUACAUCUCGUCUUUCACUAGAUGAAAUAUAUACUGUGAACCAGGUUAAUCAGUACUUGGCAGACAUAGCCGGGAGGUUCCCUAGGGUCACCAGACUUGUUAAUGGAGGAACCAGUGUCGAAGGUCGCACUAUUCAGUACCUGGAAAUUUCCACAACUGGUAUCCAGAAUACACGCAAACCGGUAAUUGUGUUGCAAUCUCUCCUACACGCCCGUGAGUGGGUAACUCUGCCACCAGCUCUUUACGCCAUUCACAAGUUAGUGGUUGACGUAACCGAAUCUGAUGUGCUGAACAACUUUGAUUGGAUCAUCCUGCCUGUCGUCAACCCUGAUGGGUAUGCUUGGUCACAUUCAAAUGCCCGAUUCUGGCGCAAAAAUCGUCGCAGUGGCUUGAUGAUUGGUAAUUUCUGCCUUGGUGUCGACUUAAACAGAAACUUUAACGUCAACUGGGGUACAGCAUCCAGCUCGAACGUAUGCAUGGAUACAUUCCACGGACGGGGACCAAAUUCUGAACCUGAAACCCAAGUUGUUGUCAACGUUCUAAACAGAUUCAGUGGCCGUGUAGCAAUGUACAUAGAUUUGCACAGUUUUGGCAGCAUGAUUUUGUAUGGAUGGGGAAAUGGGACCCUUGCACCUAAUGCUUUGUCACUUAACGUGGGAGGUGUUAGGAUGGCACAAGCUAUCGACGCUGUCAAAUGGCCGCAAAAACCUAAUUAUCGAGUUGGUAACAUUGUUGCUGUACUACAAUACCGAGCUUCUGGUGGAGCUAGUGAUUUUGCACAAGCAACUGGAAUCCCAUUCUCUUAUACUUAUGAAUUGCCAGGACUUUUAGGUGCUGGUUCAAACAAUAUUAACAGCUUCUUAGUAGAUCCGAGUUUCAUUAGACAGGCAGCAGUGGAAACCUGGGCCGGCAUUGUAGCUGAUUCCGUUAAUGUAAUUAAAGUAUAUAAUAAUUCAAUAAAAGAGUACUUUUAUGAAGAAACUCAAAAUAAACAUUACAAAUAUAUAGAAAACUGGUACUGGGUUUCCUCAGACCAUCCUGUAACUAUAAUUUUCGUCGACUACAGAAAUACAACAGUAGUAAGUUGCACUACUGCGGAAAACAGAAAACCAAACAUUGAAAAAAAAUACGAAGAAAAUACGCCUAUAAUCACUAUUAAAAGCGACUAUAUAAUAACAGGUACAUGGUCUUGUGAACUAUGGAACAACUACAACUCCAAUGGUACAACUGAAUUCAUAUAUUUUAGACUACGCGAGAAGGACAAAAUGCCUCCCCAACAGAUACUGGUAAAUCACAUUGAUCUUAUUCUUAAAAAAGAAAACGAUAUAUACACAGCUGAAUACUUCUACGAGGACGGUGAGAAAGUGCAUGUGGAUUGCAUCAGCUCAGAUGAAACAUGCACCGUACAAAUGAGUAAUCCUUUCAGUGUUAUAGAUGAAAAUGGCGCUUCGGCAUGGGGCUUCGGAUUUCCUGUUAACUUACAUUCUUACGACAAUCAAACUAAAAUUAAAUGCAUAAGCGACUGCUCGGGUAUUAAAUCCACUGUUGAGGUAACAUUUGUGGAACUACAGAAAUACCCACACGAAAUAAAUAUAAAAAUCAAUAAUCAAGAUAUCACAAAAAAUGUUGAGGGUAGAGAAUAUGUCAACUAUGCGUAUUUUUACAACAAUGAACAAAUAACAAUAACGUGUGAUACAAACAAAAAUGAUAUUGCCACGAGUAUAUCAUGUGAAAAUUGUUAUAACGAAACAGAAAAGGAACUUACAGACCGAAAAACUGAAGUAACUUUUGUACCCAAUAUGAUAUCAGAUUUUAGUUGUGAAGCGAAAAAUCAAAGUGGAGUGUGGGUGGUGGUCGAAGUUUAUAUUAGAUUCCAGCUGGUAUCAUGUCGAGAUGAUAGCCAACUGACUGUACAAGGUCUAGUUCGCGAUAAUAUUUUAUCUGAAUACCAUGCAUAUGAAAAUCAUCAAGGGAUUUCCUAUAUUCAUUAUACUUACCAAGGUGAAAAUUCGGGCUUAUUGGCGCUGAACUGUGUCAUUAACUUUGGAGACUCAGUUCCAGAUAAAACCAGUGAUUACACUAAACCACCACUAAGUAUAGAACACAACAAUAAGAAUAUGCAGUGUCUUUUACAUGAUUCAGUAACAUGGAAUAAAAUAAUUACAAAAAUUUGGAUUACAUUCCGCCUCAAGGGCCAGCCCGCGAUGCCACUAACAACUGAAGUAAAUAAUGUACCCAAAGAAUCAUCUACUGAAGAACCCCAUAGUACUGAAAUUCCCAUUGUUGACCAUGGCGUUCAUAAUGAUGAAGAAAAUUACAAUAACGGCGAAGAUAACAAAGAAAAAUAUGAAAACUAUCAAUACAAACUGUGGAUUCCCGCAGUGGCGGUUCUGAUGUUAAUCGUUGUUCUCUGUGUCCUUAUAGUUAAGUCUAAGACAAAGAAACGAAAUAGUCGAAACCGAAGAGAACCUGAACAUACCUAUGAUUAUUGUAUGGUAAACGAUAUAACUCCACAUUACCCUGCACAAAGCGAAAUCGAAUAUGCCGUUCCAGAAGGCGAGAUGCAAGAAAAUACUCUCUACCAACGUUCAAAAGAUUUCUACGCAAAAGUUAUACCAAAAAGUCUAAGGCAACGUAAUAAGCAACAAAGCAUCGAUGCAGCAACAAAUAGAUCAAAAGAAUUUGUAGAAGAUGCAGGGCCUGAUUUCUUAGUAAUGAACAGUCUUUAUUCCAGCGCAUGCUUAGAACCUGAUGAUCGGUCAGGCCCUACAAAAUCAGUUAGUGAUGACCAAGGAACUUCUAUGAAAGCUUCGAAUAAUCUAGAAAUGCUUAGUGAUGUUUACAGUGAACCAAUAAAUAAAAAAGAAACAAAAGAAGACACAUACACUAAUGUGACUGGUGAACCUCAUUAUUCCAAUAAGAUGGGGGGUUAUUGCGUUUACCCCACUUACAGUGAACCUCAUAUCAAGAAAUAA